CGGGUUUGGCGCGGCGCAGGCGCACUGGGCCCUCCCGCCACAUCGAGUUGCAGGAGCGGCGGUGCAGGGAGAGCUGGAGCGCCAGGCUCGGGCUGCAGCGAGGACGCGGCGGCGGGAGCAGGAACAACACCGGGCCCGAGUUUGCACCGAGAGCGCGGCGGUAGCAGGGUCAGGCCUAGGCUAUAUCGAAAAGAGCGGCAUCAGCGCCAGGGCCGAACCAGAAAACUCACACUUUCUGUGUUCAGAAGGGUUCAGGCACGAGCUGAACCCUCCUUCAACAAAAGUUCUGCCAGGUUUAUAUAGUCAGCAAGGAUGGCGACUGAAGACAAAAAAUCGGAAACAGAAUGCACCAAAACACAGUCAGCGCCUUCCUCCUCCAAUCAAAAUAAGCCUUCUGCAGUGAAACCAAACUAUACCUUGAAAUUUACAUUGGCCGGACACACAAAAGCUGUCUCUUCGGUUAAGUUCAGUCCAAAUGGAGAAUGGCUGGCAAGUUCUUCUGCUGAUAAAUUGAUUAAAAUUUGGGGUGCUUAUGAUGGUAAAUUUGAGAAAACCAUAUCAGGACACAAACUGGGAAUCUCAGAUGUUGCCUGGUCCACAGAUUCCAACUUGCUUGUUUCGGCUUCAGAUGACAAAACCCUUAAAAUAUGGGAUGUGAACUCGGGAAAAUGCUUGAAGACGCUGAAGGGUCACAGUAAUUACGUUUUCUGCUGUAAUUUCAACCCUCAAUCCAACCUGAUUGUUUCAGGAUCGUUUGAUGAGAGUGUAAGGAUCUGGGACGUGAAGACCGGGAAGUGUCUGAAGACCCUGCCAGCUCAUUCUGACCCUGUAUCUGCUGUACACUUCAACAGAGAUGGGUCCCUCAUUGUCUCCAGUAGUUACGAUGGCCUGUGCCGAAUUUGGGACACUGCAUCGGGGCAAUGCCUUAAAACACUGAUUGAUGAUGAUAAUCCUCCAGUAUCUUUCGUGAAGUUCUCCCCCAAUGGGAAAUACAUUUUGGCUGCAACACUUGACAACACUCUGAAGCUUUGGGACUACAGUAAAGGAAAGUGUUUAAAGACUUACACGGGCCAUAAGAAUGAGAAGUACUGCAUAUUUGCCAACUUCUCUGUUACUGGCGGGAAGUGGAUUGUUUCAGGAUCUGAGGACAACUUUGUUUAUAUCUGGAAUUUGCAGACAAAGGAGAUAGUGCAGAAGUUACAGGGACACACAGACGUUGUUAUCUCCACAGCCUGUCACCCAACAGAAAACAUCAUUGCAUCAGCGGCACUGGAGAAUGACAAGACGAUCAAAUUGUGGAGAAGUGACUGUUAGAGAGCACACGUUACCACCAUGAGAACUGUGUCCUGUCCCUGCUUGUCUGACACAGGGACAGGCCCCUUGUACUCCUGACGUCUGAGACUGUGCAGUCCCUGCUCGAACUGGUGACACGGCAUUACAGACCCUAUGGGAGCAUCGGAACAAAUCCCAUUUUUACUGCGGAUUCAUAACACUUAGCAAGUUAUUGUAUGCUUAAAACACACUCCCGCGCGUGCACAGAACGCACUCUAACUCCCCUGACUAAAGAUUUUUUUUUUGUGACCAAAUCACUUGUGACCUUAUCCCAUCUAAAUUCUUGUGAAAAUUAUCUUUUAAUUAGUGGGUUUAGUUGGUAGUGGAAUGUGUUUAUAAACUUGAUAUUGAUGGUUGGCUGCAUUCUUAAAAUUAGUCAACCCUUUUUUUUUGCCUUUUAAAUUCCUCCCAUUGUGUGUCUCUUGGUAUUUGAUUGUCUGCCAUCACUCUUUACCCUUGCCCUCCACGUUUCCCUGCCCUUGUCUCAAGUGUUGCUAUAGCCUUGACCCUGAGUAACAUACCAGUUAUAAUGAGCAGUCACAGCUUAUGGCCAAGGGACAUUGGAGAGUACUGCUACAGAAAUCUGGUUUGCCAAACUCUUCUCCCAGGAUAAAAUCGUGUAUACCAUCUGGGAAGACUCAGACCACUAAAUGUGCCCUUACAGAGUGCUCCCAACAGUAUUCAGCCAUCACAGCAUUUUAGGCAGUGCUCCCAGCUAGCUGGGCAUGGCCUUUGGGUGAGCUGUUUUAGGACUGGUCAUUAAUUUCCCUUGCCUGUAGGUUUUGAGUGAAACAGCUCUGCCAAGAGAGAUGUAUUUAUUGGUGUCAUUCCCCAUCUGCCUUUACAUAGUAUUGAUAAUCAUCUGCAGGGCUCUUAGUUUGGGGUUGCCAGAAGAAGCCAAAUUAUGAGUCAAUGACAUUUACCAUACCUACAGAUUUCAAAGCAAAGUUGUAACCAAAUGUUACUUGUAACUUUGAGUGUCUUCAUUCAUCUGCCUCUCUUGUGAGAGGUCUCAUGGAAUGAGAAUAUUGGUCUAGGGAUCAGACUUGCAGCACUAGUAGUUUUGUUCUAUAGUUCACUUCAGAAAUAUGUGGGGAUAAUUGUGAUUUGAUUUCCAUUGCACACACCCAAAUCAGAACAGUUUCCUAAGCAAGCAUUUGCUUGAAUAGGCAGGUAUUUUUAACUCAUUUUGGCAUCAGAAGUAUAGCAUUACAAAUCUCUGAGAGGCACACUGACCCCCAAAGCCAUCCAGUAUGGUACUGUGUGGCACAACAGACUCCUGUUUCACCCCACCUGGCUGACAGCAGGUGAGGUUUAUCUGUGGUCUCAAAUGCCAGUCAUCAAAGCAGCGUCAAGCUAGCCAGGAUCUCUGCCCCUGAGCAGAGCCUUUGAUGUGCAGACAGGUUUGUCAGGACCACUUGGAAUCAGUUGAAGCCACAGAUCAGGAUUGAAACCUGGAUCUGCCUCAUCUAAGCUUUUUGAACAAUGUCUGAAAUUUAUAUCAUCCUCUGAGUUGGUGAUAAACUGAAGGAGUUUGAAGCAGGGAGAUGUUCUGGAGUAAUGUGGGAGUUGGAAGGGUUGUAUAGAAAUUGGGGUUGAAAUUUUCCCCCCAGAUUUUCCUCUUAUCUCCAGCACCGACAGAUUUUCUUGGUCAUGGUUUGUACAGGGCCUCAUGAUUUUGUGGAGCCAGUAUCUUUUAAUAUUUUAGUUUGAGUUGAUUACAGUACUAUGUAAUAAGUAGACUCUGGAAAUCUUUCCAUUACCUGUGAAUAGUGUUACAGUAGUGAUAAUCUCUCCUGGAGUAUUGGAGUUGAGACCUUCCAGCUCUGAGGUUUUGGUGUAAUUUCCCCUUGAUUUCCUGUUAAUACAAGAGGUUUGAACAUAAAACUCGUGUUUGUAUUGCUUUAGCCAGGUGGCAGUGAUAAGUAAAUGGAAACGGGUUUUGAGCUGGGCUCUAUUUCUGUACAAUAUACAGCUCCUUGCAUAAUGGAGACUAUUUCCAAUGGUUUCUUCAAGUUACUAUCUAGUCUCACUUGGUUAUCUUGAACUACAUUCAGAACUGGUACAUACAAGUCUCUAUGAUACUGCUACAGUGGAUUGGAAUACAGUAGAUCUCUCACUUAAUUGGUGAAUGCAACUACUUGUAUUUGUGCUGCAGAUCUGAAUAGGUUCAGGGCUCAUUCUGCAGCAUGGGUGGAAAGCAUUGGCAAGUGCAGAGUUGCCACUUUAACACACUGUGUGGAUCAGUUCCACAGGCACUAACUCAGUGGGAUAUGACAUUCAUGGACAUUGACUUACUGAAGUCAGUGCCUUCUUUGUAGUU